AUGGCCGCCCAAUGGCUGGACGAUGUCAGUGGAGUCGACAAGGCGCUUCUCGCGCCUGCUAUCCGUCCCUCCACCAACAUCCAGCAAGCUCGGUUCGCCGCCAUUGUGUGUGUAUGUGGUCGCACAAUUGAGAAGAUGGCAGAGCUCAGGGGGCGAGUGCGCAAAAGAGCAAAUGUUUGCUGGGGUAAAAGUCGCAACAAACGAAGCCGCCGAUAA